GUCUCCCAAAUUCAUUCACACAAUCAGACAUAAUAUUCAGACAUGUCGACUGCCUAUGGAUUUGAGUGCAAGCCUGGAGUGACCACAUUUGAAGGCCUACCGGAGCGCAUCAUACUGUUAAAGACUGGACUGGAGGUCGAGUUUGACGUAUACCGGGACGACACGGACUUUCGGGACAUGUAUACGAUAUGGGAGGAGAUUGUGGACGAGGGGAAGACCUACCCGCAGGACACCACUACCGAGGAGUCCUUCCGCGGAUACUUCCUGUCCCACAAUUGCUUUGUGUUUCGGUUGGUCGACACGAGCCGCACAAUCGGAGGCUUUUAUAUCAAACCUAACUUUCCCGGUCGGAGCGCACACUUAGCCAACUGCGGUCUAGCCGUCAAAAUGGAGUACCGGAGCCACGGGUUGGGCCACUAUAUGAUGGAAAGAGUCAUAAAAUACGCCAAGUUAAUCGGUUACGAGGCCCUGUAUACGAACCUG